ACCCAUCCAGUCCAGAGGCUUGGUAGCUCCUUCCUGCGUCUCUGUCUCCCCCUCCUGUCCUCAGAACCAGCCUUCGUUUCCCUCGAUUAUUUUCCACUCAGUUUCUCGCAGUUUAAAAUGGCGGCGUUGAGCAGCGCCGAGUCCCCACCGCCCGUCUUUAACGGAGACACCGCGGAGCGGGAGCCGGGCAGGGAGCGGGGCCUGGAGGAGCUGGGUGCCGGCCUGGACUCCUCCUGCACGUCGGGGACCCCCGGAGGUCCGCAAGAUGAGGAGAUCUGGAAUAUCAAACAGAUGAUAAAGUUGACACAAGAACACUUAGAGGCUCUUCUGGACAAGUUUGGAGGAGAACAUAAUCCUCCUUCCAUAUAUCUAGAGGCCUAUGAGGAGUACACCAGUAAACUGGAUGCCCUGCAGCAGAGGGAGCAGCAGCUGCUGGAGGCCAUGGGCAACGGUACAGACUUCUCCUGCUCUUCUACUCCUAUGCCAGCCCUUCUGGAGGUCAAGAUGGGAGGUUGUGGGGUUGGAGGUGGGGCUCAGGCCUUUCCCUCAGUCCCCAACACCUUGGCUGUCCUGCAGACCCCCACCGAUGCUGGCCGAGCCAACCCUCGCUCCCCCCAGAAGCCCAUUGUCAGGGUCUUCCUGCCUAACAAACAGAGAACAGUGGUCCCGGCCCGCUGUGGGAUGACUGUGAGAGACUCGCUGAAGAAAGCUCUGAUGAUGCGAGGCCUCAUUCCAGAGUGCUGUGCAGUCUACAGGAUACAGGACGGAGAAAAGAAGCCGAUUGGCUGGGACACAGACAUCUCCUGGCUGACAGGAGAGGAGUUACAUGUAGAAGUGUUGGAGAAUGUGCCGCUCACCACACACAACUUUGUGAGGAAGACCUUCUUCACGCUGGCGUUCUGCGACUUCUGCAGAAAGCUGCUGUUCCAGGGUUUCCGCUGUCAGACCUGUGGCUACAAGUUCCACCAGCGCUGCAGCACUGAGGUUCCUCUCAUGUGUGUCAACUACGACCAACUAGACUUGUUGCUAGUGUCCAAGUUCUUCGAGCAUCACCCGUUCACCCAGGAGGAGGUCUCCUCAGAGGGAACCACCCCCGUGUCUGAGGCCUGUCCGUCACUUCCCCCAUCUGACUCCACCGGGUCUAUAUGCCACACCACUGUGUCCCCGUCCAAGUCCAUACCCAUCCCGUCCAGUUUCCGGCCCAACGAGGAGGACCACCGCAACCAGUUUGGCCAGCGGGACCGUUCGUCCUCCGCCCCCAAUGUCCAUAUCAAUACCAUCGAGCCUGUCAACAUUGAUGAUCUGAUUCGAGAUCAGGGCUUACCAAGGUCAGAUGGAGCCCCCCCGACCCACCCCGCCCGCUGCUUGAGGAAGCACCGAACACGGACCUCAAGCCCCCUCCUAUACUCCUACCCCAAUGACAUAGUGUUUGAUUUUGAGCCUGAGCCUGUUUUCCGAGGCUCCACCACAGGGCUGUCAGCCACACCUCCUGCCUCUUUACCUGGCUCUCUCACCAAUGUCAAGGUUCCACAGAAGUCACCAUGCCAACAGAGGGAGCGCAAGUCGUCGUCCUCAUCUGAGGACCGCAAUAAGAUGAAAACCCUGGGGAGAAGGGACUCCAGUGAUGACUGGGAAAUCCCAGAGGGUCAGAUCACUCUGGGUCAGAGAAUUGGCUCUGGAUCCUUUGGAACUGUCUUCAAGGGAAAGUGGCAUGGUGAUGUGGCAGUGAAGAUGUUGAAUGUCACUGCUCCCACACCACAACAGCUUCAGGCCUUCAAGAAUGAAGUGGGAGUCCUCAGGAAAACGCGCCAUGUGAACAUCCUGUUGUUCAUGGGCUACACCACCAAGCCUCAGCUGGCUAUCGUGACCCAGUGGUGUGAAGGCUCCAGUCUGUACCACCACCUGCACAUCAUCGAGACCAAGUUUGAGAUGAUCAAGCUGAUUGACAUUGCUCGGCAGACCGCUCAGGGCAUGGAUUACCUGCACGCCAAAUCAAUCAUUCACAGAGAUCUGAAGAGCAACAAUAUUUUCCUCCACGAGGAUCUAACAGUGAAGAUUGGUGAUUUUGGCCUGGCUACAGUCAAGUCCCGCUGGAGUGGCUCCCACCAGUUUGAACAGCUGUCUGGCUCUAUACUGUGGAUGGCUCCAGAGGUGAUCCGGCUGCAGGACAAGAAUCCCUACAGUUUCCAGUCAGACGUCUACGCCUUCGGCAUUGUGCUGUAUGAGCUCAUGUCAGGAGCACUGCCCUACUCCAACAUCAACAACAGAGACCAGAUCAUAUUUAUGGUGGGUCGAGGAUACCUGUCUCCUGACCUCAGCAAGGUGCGCAGCAACUGUCCAAAAGCCAUGAAGAGACUGAUGGCAGACUGCCUGAAGAAGAAGAGAGAGGAGCGACCUCUCUUCCCCCAGAUCUUGGCGUCCAUCGAGCUUCUGGCUCGCUCAUUACCCAAAAUCCACCGCAGCGCCUCUGAGCCUUCGUUAAACCGAGCUGGCUUUCAGACGGAGGACUUCAGCUUGUACGCCUGCGCCUCACCCAAAACCCCCAUCCAAGCCGGUGGCUAUGGGGAGUUUUCGGCAUUUAAAAGGCAGCCUCAUUGGAGUCCUUCCAACAAAAAGCUAUCCAGCAGGCAAACCGCCACAGUGACAGAAAAAAACUGAAUUAAGAAAAAAUAAAAAUAAAAACAAAAACAAAGAAACUUGAAUGACACAAAAGGAAGAGAAAAAAAAACAAGAAACAAAGAUAUCCAUACUAAAAGAGUUUUAGGAGGAGACGGCAAACUCCACUGAUCGAUCGACUUGCCUGCUGGCGGGAAAAGAUGAAGGCAAAAGGAAGGAGAGACGGAGGUGAAGCGUCAGAGGUUGAGGCUUUGGCCACCACUCGUCCAGUCAUUUCCUGUACAGGUGAGAAGGGAGGCUGGUUUAUCAGGCGGGCCGCUGAACUGCACUUUGAGCGACGACAGAGCUGGGCCUGUGGAAGGGUCAGAGGUCUCCUGUCCGCCGGUGAGAUGGAAGGCCAGGUGUUAACCCGUUACCAAGAAGAGCUGGACGUCACUCAGCAAGGGUUAACCCUGAAGGAAGAUGACUUGAAAGACAGAUCUAUUUUUAUUUUUUCAUUUGUUUCUCAUGUUUCAGAUUUUAGCUAGCACUUGCUAGGAAUGCUGAGCUUUUUUUGUCAUGUUUCUUUUGUAGCACAGACCUUUGCUUUUUUUUGUCUUUUUGGGCUUAAUGCUGACCACAUUCUGCAAAAUACUGUAUUUAGCCUUCUUGUUUGCCCCAACAGAUUCGGAUGAAACAGCAACAGCUGUUGAUCUACUGAAAGAUUUUGCUUUAGCUUUCCAAAAAUUUCAAAACCUUCAUGUGAAAGCAGGAAAAGCUGUUCUUUCUGUAGAUUUCCGGUAGAAAUGUCCGGAGCCUGCACUAACAACAGGAGCUGUUCACAGGGAGGAAAAAUGCAGCUUUGUUUGGUAAUGGAAGCUACACGAGAGGGAUUUCUUAUUCUGUUUAAAGAGCCUGGUCUAAGCCGAGCUGCGGCCCAGCGUUCAUACUGAGCUGAGAGUGUACAGUACUUGUGGCUUCUCUAAGCUUCGAAGUUGUUACGCAGCAUCUUUGCAACAAAGCCUCUCCUUUACUUCUUGUGUUUUUCCACAAAGCCCAACCUCAGAUUUUUUUAGUUUUUUGUGACAAGUGCAUGUCGUGUCAUUGUUUUUUUUCUUUUUUUUUUUCUUUUCUAUUUUUUGUUUGUUUGUUUUUUUUGAUCAUGUGGCUUUAAUAUUGCACUAAGCUUAAAAUGGGGACCUUGUUGCAGCUGCUGACUAAUGGGCUGCAGCGUUAGCUGCUGAAAGGACCAGUGAUCAUCUGGAGAAUUCUGCAUGUCUUGAAAGUCAGAAAAUAUCACACUUUUUCCUUUCUCUACACACAUGCACCUGUACUUUUUUCAUUCCAGCUCGUGUUAUAGGUUUUAGUUAUUACUGGUUCUUUUUGUUUUGUUAUCAGUGUUUGCCUUUUUCUGUACAGGCAGGCCUGCAGAUAUUUACUUAUUUAUGUGAAUUGUUUUGAAGCUAUCAGUCUUUCUUUUGAUGAUGUUUUAGGCUUUGUGACUCGUAUACUUUCACUUUGUAGAGAUGGAUCGAAGCAAAUGAGCGAGUUGCCUUUUCUUUUUUAUACUGAGGAAUAAAUUGACAUACAGAGCUGAUGACCCAAAAUUUAAUUUCCAGUGCAUGAGUCAUCUGCAGGGGCUGAACUGUGAAUAUUUUGCUGGAAAGUCUCCGUUGUCAUCUAAGGACUGUCUUUGAUGGAGCCUCAAGCAGCCGAGUAUGUCACCAUACCUACAGUGAUGAGAGCUGAGCAAACAAGACUGCUGACCUGAUUAAUGGAUGUUGUGGAGGUAGAUCACAUAGUUGAAGCAUCCAUCCAAACACUGACAGAUUGGUUCUUCACAUUCAUCAAGGAUCAUGUCUUUCCAUCAUUAACUAACCCCCAGGCAUCCCCCGUCCACAGCAAUGUUAUUACACAUUUUGUUGCCUACCUUUUAUGGUCAGUCUAAUAUGUGAAACAGAAUACCAUCUUUGUGCGCCCAGGACAGAUAGGGCUGCAAUAAGUUUUGCCUAGCUUAGCACAAAGACUGGAAGCAGGGGGAAACCGCUAGCCCUCACCCAGGGCAGUCUUACUACUCAUCCGAGGUGGUCUUUGGUCCCAGGUGAUGUCACUCUGUAGAUACAGGUGCACUUCAUUUGGCCUUGCAUGUUGCAUAGCAUCAACGGUGGGGCGAAGCUUUUAAAAGAUCAUUCUAAGUUUGUUAUAACUUGGGUCUUAUUUUCGUAGUUUUGGUCAACCUUCCCGUCAUUGUUGUUACCAAGUUGAUUGCUGAGAUGUGGGAACACGGUAGGGCUGUCACUUUUUAUUUCGAAAGCUUGAAAUACGGUUCUAACACGGGGGUAAAAAAGAAAUAUUCAAUCUGAAAUAAUCUAUUCCAAUUUAAAAUUCAGUGUAUACGCACAAUAGGCUAUGCAUUGUACUCCAGCAGGGGGUGUUCAUAAAAUGUACUGUCCAUUGGUAAACUCAGCUAUUGUUCUCUUUGCUUACUCGAUAUGGAGAAAACUAGCGAGCUGCAGCCGCUGUGGAUAAACUCCACAAAUGUAAAAAUCUCAAAAAAAGAACUCUUCUAUUUCUUUGUGUGACGAGAACGCAGUGAUGUUGCUAAAGAGCAUGACAUGGCAGAAUUAUGAGCAGUCAGUUGAUCGGACAGUCUGGAACCAAAUCCCCAGGUUACUCAAACUUUACCUUUACCAAAAAUGAAGCUGAACGGUAAUAUUAUUUCUCAGACUGUGCGCUCAGUUACUGUACACUACUAGCUAGUGAAAAAAGUGGAGCAUUUAGCAACUAAAGAGACAAAUGUUAUUCUCAGGUGUUGGUGGAGACUAAAACCAGAACUAAAAGGAGAGUGAAUAUUUAACUUAACAUUCAUCUGGUGACCAGAACCACAACUUCAAAUGAAUGCUAACGUUACUAUGUGUUCCCUGGAUGUGUAAAUAGAUUCUUCUGUCCCGGAGUGGCCAAAAAAAAACAAUAUUAAGCUUUUUUUAAGCUUUAAACCUACAGUAACUGAUUUUUUUUUUUUUGGCCACUUGAAGGCAGCGGAAACAAGUUGUGAUCACCACAUUGACAUAUCACUUUUUAAGUCUAUCUAGCAAACUUGUCAGCAAACAGUUGCUUAUUUACAAAUCAAUUCUAGUCACUUUAAGGAAUGAUUCUAUUAUCUAAAUUGUCUAAAUGCUGGUGUGUCACAUGGUGCUUUGGUAUUUGUGCAACACAUGCAGCACGUGCCUUUGUGCGAGUCAAAUGCUGUGCAUACACUUGUUGAGCACGAACUGGUGUUCGUUGGGUUUUUGAGUGCACUCUUAGAAACAGCUGGUAUCACCUGGCACUAAAUACCUCCUAAUAGCAGGCAGCCUCUUGAGUACGUGGUUUCACCUGUAGAUUUUAAGGGAGAGAGGGUGUUUGGUGGGUUUUUGAGUGCAGAAAGCUCUACAGAGUUUGGUUUGUACUACUCUACUAUUAACUGUCCAUUACAUAUACUUUACUCCCACAUAGUAUCCAGGUUAUUGCAGGAAUUGUAAAUUCAGACUUGAGUUAAAUUGUAACUUCCAUCAAUCCAUCUACUUGUCUUGUUCAUGUAUCCCAGCAUGCACAGGCCAAAAGGUGGACUUCACCUUGAAGGGUUGCCAGUCUAACACAUAGUCACACAAACAAACACAUUCACACAAAUGAGCAGAGCAAUUAGACUGUGGUAUGUGGGAGGAAACUGCAGAGAACAUGGAAACUCCCCACAAGAAAGCUGCAGUUGGCCACUAACCACGAAUCUGCUUAAUUGUCACAAAAAUUCCGAUUAUUAGUUGUUUUUUUUCCUGAAUUCUGAGAUUUAAGUGUCAGUUUGCCCAGAUUACUUAAACAGUUUUCCAACUUCCCUUUAGUGGUAUUUAUGCAGUCUGAUAGUCUGAAUUUAGCCAUGUACAGUCAUUAUGAAUCUCAUAUUGACUGAAAUGUACUGUCUUGGAGUUUGAUGAACUUGAGAUGAAAGUUUUAAAUGUCCUUUUUCAAAGCUUUGAGCAACUAAAUUCCAUUCACAUCAACUUUAAAGCCCACACAGACCCAUAGUCCUGGAGGUGCUCAGAUAAUCAUAAUUAAACAUCAAGAUGUUGAUGAAGACCAUGUAAUACAGUCCAGAACAAGCGAGCAAGUGGAGCUUGAGUUAAGAUUGUUUUGUCAACUACUAUUUCCAGGUCAAGAAUGAACUGUCCGCCUCACUCUAGAUGGCCUUAGUCCGCUUCCACAGGCAUCUGUAUCAUCCUUCAGAGAGCAGACAGCAGUGGCAGUUGUCUGCUGUACUGGGGUCUGCUGUUGCACAUUUUCACAUUGCUCACCUUUCACAUGACAGGACCUGAGGAAGUAAACUAAUGUCUUUCAGAGCGCUGUAUUUAUUUUCCUUGGAGAUCUUUAUUUUAUAUGAGAAUAUUAUCACCGAUGUAUAUCUGCUAGACCUUCUUAGACUCUACAGGAGAAAUCACUGAGCUCUGUCACUAAGGCUCUCCUCUCUACCAUCAACCUCUGAUCUUGAAAACUUUCUGUUCAACCUUUCUCUACUUUAAUUUUCCUUUUUCUUAAACAUUCCCUCCCUCUCCUCCUUGCCUGCACCUUAAACCCAACAAUUCCUUUCAACUGAGAACUUUUCAUAAGAAACUUUAUGAAGAUAUGUUUUUUGUUUUUCACCUGUAAAUAGUUGUACAAAGAAAAUACUGUCAUUUUGCUAGGAGGCAUGGAGACUACAAAUGUAAGAAUUAUAAAAUGUUCAAAAUAAAGAGACAGAUUAAAAAACAUUUUGAUAGGAAGACUUCUGAGAAAAAUGGUUGAGUGUAAAAAUAUUUAAGGCUGUAUCAUAAGGAGAAAGAGCUUAAUGUAUUUGUUGUGAAUAUGAAAAACUGAUAUAUUAAAGAAGUGCAUGAAAACGGUA